AGCUCAGGAACACCCGCAUCAUCAGCUGGCUGCUCCACCUGCAAGAGGCUCCAGCAGCACCGGUGGCCAGGGUACCUGAGGACAGAGUUACCCAGGCUACAGAGCACCCUGGCUGGGGAGGAGGGGAGGACAGCCUGCCUGACCAACGGAGCAUGUCUUGGGAUGAACAGGCAGAACGGUUACAGUGACGUCAUAAAGAUGAGCCUGAGACUGCCUGUCCAACCAGCUGGCUCAUGUGUCUCAGUCAGCCAGCAGCUCUCUCCUCUGGAGACAUACAGCUCAGAAGCAUACAAACCAUCCCUAAGUUACCAAAACAACCACUUAAUUUCCUCCUUUCCCACUCCUCUGCUCCUCUACUCCUCUCCUCCUCUCCUCCUCUCACACCCCUCCUUUCCUCUCCUUAUCUCACAGGAAGAGAAGUGUUGUGUCACUAAGUGUUCAUCAUCCAGCCCUCAGGCCAGUUCCCCCAGCCCUCAGGCCAGUUCCCCCAGCCCUCAGGCCAGUUCCUCCAGCCCUCAGGCCAGUUCCCCCAGCCCUCAGGCCAGUUCCCCCAGCCCUCAGGCCAGUUCCCCCGGCCCUCAGGCCAGUUCCCCCAGCCCUCAGGCCAGUUCCCCCAGCCCUCAGGCCAGUUCCCCCAGCCCUCAGGCCAGUUCCCCCAGCCCUCAGGCCAGUUCCCCCAGCCCUCAGGCCAGUUCCCCCAGCCCUCAGGCCAGUUCCCCCAUCCCUCAGGCCAGUUCCCCCAGCCCUCAGGCCAGUUCCCCCAGCCCUCAGGCCAGUUCCCCCAGCCUUCAGGCCAGUUCCCCCAGCCCUCAGGCCAGUUCCCCCAGCCCUCAGGCCAGUUCCCCCAGCCAUCAGGCCAGUUCCCCCAGCCCUCAGGCCAGUUCCCCCAGACCCAGACCCAGGUCCCCUAACCCCAGACCCAGGUCCCCUAACCCCAGACCCAGACCCAGGUCCCCUAACCCCAGACCCAGGUCCCCUAACCCCAGACCCAGGUCCCCUAACCCCAGACCCAGGUCCCCUAACCCCAGACCCAGGUCCCCUAACCCCAGACCCAGGGCCCCUAACCCCAGACCCAGGUCCCCUAACCCCAGACCCAGGUCCCCUAACCCCAGACCCAGGUCCCCUAACCCCAGACCCAGGUCCCCUAACCCCAGACCCAGGCCCAGGUCCCCUAACCCCAGACCCAGGUCCCCUAACCCCAGACCCAGGUCCCCUAACCCCAGACCCAGGUCCCCUAACCCCAGACCCAGGUCCCCUAACCCCAGACCCAGGUCCCCUAACCCCAGACCCAGGUCCCCUAACCCCAGACCCAGGUCCCCUAACCCCAGGUCCCCUAACCCCAGGUCCCCUAACCCCAGACCCAGGUCCCCUAACCCCAGGUCCCCUAACCCCAGACCCAGGUCCCCUAACCCCAGACCCAGGUCCCCUAACCCCAGACCCAGGUCCUCUAACCCCAGACCCAGGUCCCCUAACCCCAGACCCAGACCCAGGUCCUCUAACCCUAACUCCAGGACCUGUCCCUCUGGCUCCACUGGCUCCAGGUCCCCCCAGUCCCCCCAGCCUACUUGCCCCUCUAGGUCCCCUCCUUCAGGGGACACUCCUUUCAGCUCCUCCUUUAGCUUCAUCCAGCAGUCACUGAGCCUUGAUUCACUGAGCUCCAGUCACAGGACAGAUACAGACACUCCCCUGGCCUAAACCCAAAACCACUGGAUCAGUACUCACCUAGGUUGUUAAGAACUGGAUCCGUCCCAUCCCACUCAGAACCACUGGAGAGGCCUGGGUCUGUCCCACCCUGCCAAUCAAGAUCUGGGUCAGCCUCCAGCUCCAACCAAUCACGAUUAGGAUUCUUGGGGCUUUCGGUUUCAAAACAGUCAACUACUGAGUACUGUCUAGUCAGAGCCACGCUCUGUCCCGCUCAGCCAAUCAGACAGAGGACGGGAGAGGGCGGGAUCAGGGCUGGGGUCAAAGUUACCUUCCUCUGUGACCUCUGACCUGGCGGAGGUGGAGCCUGACUGUGACUCCUCCUCUCUGGACACAAAAGCCGCCUCCUCCCUGUCAGUAGGGGAGGACUCUGACGCUGCCUCCUCCUCCUCCCUCACCUCGGGGUACGAGAGUUCCACGCCCACUACUGCCACUCCCGGCCCCGCCCAUGACCGUUCCCAGGACCAGGGCUGGGACCAGGGGGUGAAGAAGUACGAGGGCGUCCUGCAAGACUGCCUGCAUAACAACCGUACUAAUACUAAGGUAUGGCUUGCACCAUAGAACCGUACUAAUACUAAGGUAUGGCUUGCACCAUAGAACCGUACUAAUACUAAGGUAUGGCUUGCACCAUAGAACCGUACUAAUACUAAGGUAUGGCUUGCACCAUAGAACCGUACUAAUACUAAGGUGUGGCUUGCACCAUAGAACCGUACUAAUACUAAGGUAUGUCUUGCACCAUAGAACCGUACUAAUACUAAGGUAUGUCUUGCACCAUAGAACCGUACUAAUACUAAGGUAUGUCUUGCACCAUAGAACCGUACUAAUACUAAGGUGUGGCUUGCACCAUAGAACCGUACUAAUACUAAGGUGUGGCUUGCACCAUAGAACCGUACUAAUACUAAGGUAUGUCUUGCACCAUAGAACCGUACUAAUACUAAGGUAUGGCUUGCACCAUAGAACCGUACUAAUACUAAGGUAUGGCUUGCACCAUAGAACCGUACUAAUACUAAGGUGUGGCUUGCACCAUAGAACCGUACUAAUACUAAGGUAUGGCUUGCACCAUAGAACCGUACUAAUACUAAGGUAUGGCUUGCACCAUAGAACCGUACUAAUACUAAGGUAUGGCUUGCACCAUAGAACCGUACUAAUACUAAGGUAUGGCUUGCACCAUAGACUUGUUUUAUACAUAUGGGGUCAUUUAGGGUGUUUUCACAUAUAGUCCUCUUUAAAAGAACCUCACUCAGUCCUCUAAAGUGAACUCUGGGGUAAAAAAAAAAGCUAAAGAACUCAGUCCCCUUUGUAUUCACACUGCCCUUGCCUUUGGAUGAGGACUCAGUUCCCUUUGUAUUCACACUGCCCUUGCCUUUGGAUGAGGACUCAGUCCCCUUUGUAUUCACACUGCCCUUGCCUUUGGAUGAGGACUCAGUUCACUUCACCUAUUUUGCGGUCCGAAUACCCUUUGCAUUCACAUUGCUAUGUUUAGAAAGGAACCAAGAUCUUUUUCCAACAUUCACUAAAUGCACUCUGGGUUUUUACAAAGUGCAGGACAAGCCAUUCCAUCAGAAUGUGUUAUUAACGGCUAGACAUACCUACUUACAUUUAGGAAGCUAAUAGAUUGCAUUUAGUUAACAGAUGAGACAUAAUAUUUGUAAUUAAAAGACACCAAUAAUAUUUACAUGUUAAUAUUAACAGAAGAAAUAGCAGAAGAAUAACUGCAGAUUAUAUAAUGCUGUAAUUGAAAAUCGUACACCCAUAGUAGGCUACUGCCCCUUUAAGACCUAGAAUUGACUUUGUACCCUGUGUUGUGAUUCUAACCAAAUAUUUUGUCGAAAAAUGAGUUCACAGAAAUUGUCUGAAAGGGACCAAGUAUGAAAACACCCUUAGAAGAGCUCCAUUAUGUUUUAAUUGUUAAAUUCUGCACUCAGUAAUGUCCAGUAUCAUGAUGACCUGAUAUUAUAUAUAUAUAUAUAUAUAUAUAUAUAUAUAUAUAUAUAUAUAUAUAUAGAUACAUAUAUACACAUAUUUCUGUCUGUGGCAGAUGUCCACUGCUUAAACUACUGUGUUUUGUCAUGUUGUCUCUCUGUUCCUGUCUCAGAUUCGGUCCAUGAUGCUGAAGCUACAGAGACUACAGCAGAAGGCCAUCCUGGAGGAUGAGGAUGAGGAUGAAGAUUGGAAUAAACAC